UGAAUUACUAGUAAACUAAUAAGAAACAGCGAAGCUUCAACAUCAUAAACGUCACCUUUUUUUCUUUUUUAACAUCAAUAUAUCAUACAGUAAUCGGUAGCUUAUCAUGGAAGAUGCAGGAAAAAAAGAUUGAUGUUCUGUUUCAACAGCUCCUACUCCCCUCCUUCCUGAAAGAGUAGAGAGAGACAAGAGUUUGCUUCUUCCAAGACCCAAGAGAGUGCUAUACAUACAUAUUCUCCCUAUCCGUUUGCUUGAUCAGUACUUCACAGUGGCGGGGGCUCUUUAAUCUCUUGGCUUCUGGGCUCUGCUUCCAUCUUAAUCUGCAAUGGAGGAGUUGCCCGUGCAGACUGAUGCUGCAACUUUGGAUAAAACUGCUUUUGUUGUGCUGGACAUGGAGAGCCUUGCACAGCCAUCAGAUAGGAGCUCCGGGAGCCCAAAAAUGACAAGAGCGCUGUCUCGAAAAUGGUCUUACCGAGCAGAACGAUGGACUGGUAAUGAAGAAGAAGGCAUUGAUGAACCAGCGAAGAAACUCCUGAUAAAAGGGAGCUCUCAGCUGGAUCCUUUGAAGCAGCAACUAGUCACCAAUAAAGCACUCGGUCCCUCCCUAACAACCCCUGGCGGCCCUAAUCUCGCAGACCCGGUUGACGGAUGGAACAAGAGGUUUAACCGGUUAAUGGCAAUUAGUCCUCGGAAGAUCCUUUUCAUAUUUGCAACCAUGUCCAGCAUGGGCACACUGAUGCUCAUAUACUUUACCCUUGCCAUUAAUAGAAGCACUUAAUGCACGGAGGGCUGGUAGCAAGGACGAUCGUCCUUCACGCGAAGCCAAGGAGACAAAGAAAUGGUCCACAUGGAUCAACUGUAUCCUCCUUUUAAUUUACAUCUGCUGUUUCAAUACUGUUGUACUUGGGAGGAGGGCUGGCCUACUGCUCCCAGCUAGACUCGACGGUAAAAUGCUUCUCUCUACCUGCUGGUGGUUAAAGAUUAAAUUUAUGAUCUGCACGCCCUCCAUGACAUAGCUUCUUGAGUCCUCUUUUUUUCUUUUUUUUUAGUUUCAGGCCACACAUGUUUGCGAAGUGUUUGCUGCAUGUUGAUUCUCAGAAGCUGAACUAUUUGAGUUGUUUUUUUUCCCUUUUUUAUAAGCAAGGUUUGUAAAUCAAAAUCCUUUUUCUCAAUUCAUGGAGCACCCUGUUCUUUUUAUGGGAGAGCUUGGAUA